UUCGUGUUAAGCUGUUUUGCAGCUGAUUAUAAAAUAGUUAAAUUUUAAGAGUAGUUCUCAGUUAUUGACAUUUGACUUUUUCGUUUCCUAUUACCUUAAGGUUGUGGAGUUAAAUCUAUUUGAGAAUCAUUUGACUACUGUGAACAAAUAAAAUGGCUGGUAUAUUAAAGGUUAUCAAUCCUACAUCACGAAGUACUUAUUCAAAAUUUAAUAAUUGGAGCCGUCCAUUAAUUGGCACAAGUAAUUUACAACAUUAUUCCUCGAAACCAUCGACUUCAGCUGGAACAAGUGCAUAUUCAGUUAUAGACCACGAGUAUGAUGCUGUUGUAGUUGGUGCUGGAGGAGCUGGUCUUCGUGCUGCUUUUGGCUUAGUACAAGAAGGUUUUAAAACAGCUGUUAUAACUAAACUUUUUCCUACAAGAUCCCAUACGGUUGCUGCACAAGGUGGAAUAAAUGCAGCUUUGGGAAAUAUGGAAGAUGAUGAUUGGCGAUGGCAUAUGUUUGAUACUGUCAAAGGUUCGGAUUGGUUAGGUGAUCAAGAUGCAAUACAUUAUUUAACUAGAGAAGCCCCAGCAGCUGUCAUUGAGUUAGAAAAUUAUGGUAUGCCUUUCAGUCGUACCGAUGAAGGCAAAAUAUAUCAACGUGCAUUUGGUGGCCAAAGCUUAAAAUUUGGAAAAGGUGGUCAGGCUCAUCGUACUUGUUGUGUAGCUGAUAGAACGGGUCAUUCACUUUUACAUACUUUGUAUGGAUACUCUUUAAAAUUUAAUUGCAAUUAUUUUGUGGAAUAUUUUGCUUUGGAUCUUAUUAUGGAUAAAGGAGAAUGUGUUGGAGUUAUUGCCUUAUGUUUAGAAGAUGGUACUAUUCAUCGUUUUAGAGCUAAAAAUACUGUUUUAGCUACUGGUGGUUAUGCAAGAGCCUAUUUCUCAUGUACAGCUGCUCAUACAUGUACAGGCGAUGGUCAAGCUUUAGCUUCUAGAGCUGGCAUUCCAAUGCAAGAUAUGGAAUUUGUACAAUUCCACCCUACUGGUAUCUAUGGUGCUGGUUGUUUAAUGACCGAAGGCUGUCGUGGUGAAGGAGGAUAUUUAAUCAAUGGAUUAGGUGAAAGAUUCAUGGAAAAGUAUGCUCCUAAUGCUAAAGAGCUAGCCUCAAGAGAUGUUGUAUCUCGUUCAAUGACUGUUGAAAUUAUGGAAGGAAGAGGAUGUGGUCCUGAAAAAGAUCAUGUUUAUCUCCAAUUGCAUCACUUACCAGCAGAACAAUUACAUGCUAGAUUACCUGGUAUUUCAGAAACAGCUUUGAUAUUUGCUGGAGUUGAUGUUACCAAAGAGCCUAUACCAGUAUUGCCUACUGUUCAUUAUAAUAUGGGUGGAAUACCUACCAACUAUAGAGGACAGGUAAUUAAUCCUCAGAAUGGAGAAGAUAAAGUAGUACCUGGAUUGUAUGCAUGCGGUGAAGCAGCAUGUACAUCUGUUCAUGGAGCUAAUCGUUUGGGAGCUAAUUCAUUACUUGAGUUAGUGGUAUUUGGACGCUCUUGUGCUUUAGAUAUUGCUAAAUAUAACAAACCUGGGGAUAAAAUACCAACAAUUUGUGAAAAUGCUGGAGAAGAAUCAAUUGCCAAUAUUGACAAAUUACGUUUUAGUAAUGGAACAGUACCUACUGCAGAUUUGCGUUUGGAUAUGCAAAAAAAUAUGCAACUUUAUGCUGCUGUAUUUAGAACUGGGAGUACUUUAGAUGAAGGUCGUAAAAAGAUGCAAGCCAUUUAUUCAAAACUCAAGGAUAUUAAAAUUAAUGAUAGAUCUAUGGUUUGGAAUUCAGAUUUAGUGGAGUCCUUAGAAUUACAAAACUUAUUAAUUACUGCACAACAAACUAUUGUAUCUGCUGCUGAACGAAAAGAAUCUAGGGGAGCACAUGCCCGAGAUGAUUUCAAAGACCGUGUUGAUGAAUUUGACUAUAAAAAGCCAUUGGAAGGCCAAACCAAGAUACCAAUUGAAAAGCACUGGAGGAAACAUACACUUGCUCACAUCAAUCCUAAUUCUGGAGAAAUUACAUUAACAUAUAGGCCUGUUAUUGACCAUACUCUGGAUGACAAAGAAGUAGAAUCAGUACCACCUAUGAUUCGAUCUUAUUAAAUUUUACAAAUUAACUAUUGCUCGUAUCUUUAGUUUGCCCACUUCAAUAAAAUCACAUAUUAGCUCAAAUGUUAUUGGCAUUUAAUAAAUCUAUAAAGAAAAGCAAAAAUAAGUUAAUCGAUUAAGCAUCAUAUUGAUUUUAAAAUGCAAGCCAUGUCUUAUGAGCAGAAAAUUCAAAGGAAAGUAUUAUUAGUAAUUAUAAUAGUAAAAAUAAAUUAUUUAAAAUUUGUUA